UCAGUGUCGUAGCGACGUCACGGGGACCAACCCAGCCCGCCGGCGCUCGAUUGGCUACCGCAGCCGCUGACGCGUCGCGCUUCCUCAUCGGCUCCCCAUGGUCAAGGGAGUUCGCUCUCUUGUUCCCUCGGCAGAGAAGAGGCGAUGGCGGCGGUGGCAUCGCUCGUGGCCCUGGCCCUGCUCCUCCUGUCCGGCCUCUCUUGCUGCUCAGAGGCCUGCAUGGAGCCCCAGAUCACCUCUUCCUAUUACACCACCUUUGACGCCGUCAUUGCCACCGAGACCGUCUUCAUUGUGGAGAUUUCCCUGGCAUGCAAGAACAGGGUCCAGAACAUGGCUCUUUAUGCUGACGUUGGUGGGAAGCAAUUUCCUGUCACCCGGGGCCAGGAUGUCGGGCGUUACCAGGUGUCAUGGAGCCUGGAGCACAAGAGUGCCCAUGCGGGCACCUACGAGGUCCGCUUCUUUGACGAGGAGUCCUACAGCCUCCUGAGGAAGGCCCAGAGGAAUAACGACAUUUCCGUCAUCCCACCCCUGUUCACAGUCAGUGUGGACCAUCGGGGCACGUGGAACGGACCCUGGGUCUCCACCGAGGUGCUGGCCGCGGUCAUUGGCCUGGUCAUCUACUACCUGGCCUUCAGCGCCAAGAGCCACAUCCAGGCCUGAGGUGGGGCCCCCACCCUCCUUUCAAUAAACAGCCAUGGGCCACA